GCUACAACUGCAGGACCAACAACGCCAACUGCUGAACCAACAACGCCAACUGCUGUAAAAACAACACCAACUGUAGGACCAAUGACUGCAGUGCCAAAAACAGCGACUACAGGACUGACAACGAGAACUGCUGAACCAACAACAAUUGCUGGACCAAGAGCUUCAACUACAGGCCCAAUAUCGACAACUGCUUUACCAACAACAACUGCAGGACCAACAACGCCAAAUGCUGAAAAAACAACACCAAUUGUAGAACCAACGACUGCAGUGCCAAAAACAACGACUGCAGGACUGACAACGAGAACUGCUGAACCAUCAACAAUUGCUGGACCAAGAGCUUCAACUGCAGGCCCAAUAUCGACAACUGCUUUACCAACAACAACUGCAAGACAGACAGCAACAACAUUAACUACUACCACGGGAUCCACAACAACACCAACUUUAGGAGCAAUAACGACAACUGCUUUACCAAAACCAACUGAUGGACCAGCAACAACAACAACAUUAAAUACUAUCGCGGGUUCAACAACAACAACUGUAGGACCAACAACAACCAAUGCAGAACCCACAACGCCAAAUCCUGAAACGACCACAAUUCAUGGAUCUGGAGCUACAACUGCAGGAACCACAACAGCACCUGCAGGAUCAUCGACAACUGCAGUGUCAACAACGACAACUGUAGAUCCCCCUACAGAAAAUAAAGGGACUAUUGAUUUGAGAUUCAGCAUGAGUCGUACGUUUAUAAAAGACUACUUAGAUUCAAGCUCAGCAGCCUAUCAGGUGCUGGCUGCUAAUGUAACAACAGAGGUUAACAAUGGCUUCAAACAUAGUUUUCCUGGAACAUAUUCCGGGAGUACAAUCAACUCUUUUGCUGCGGGAUCAGUCUUUGUGGACAUGACGCUAAUCUUCAACAAAGAAUCUGCUGUUCCUACUGAAAGCCUUGUAGUGCAGGUAUUGAAGGACGCAGUAGAUGAUCUAAUGACCUUCCUCGAUGUGGACAGUACAACUAUUGCUGCAGGACCAACUACAACAACUUCAGGACAACCAACCACUGCAGGACCACUAACAACAACUGCAGGACCAUUAACUAUUAUCACGGGACCCACAACAACAACUGCAGGAUCAACAACGCCAACUGCUGAACCAACAACAACUGCUGGUCAAAUAGCUACAACUGCAGGACAGAUAAUAACUGCAGGACCAACAACGCCAACUGCUGAACCUACAACGCCAACUGCUGUAAAAACAACACCAACUGUAGGACCAAUGACUGCAGUGCCAAAAACAGCGACUACAGGACUGACAACGAGAACUGCUGAACCAACAACAAUUGCUGGACCAAGAGCUUCAACUACAGGCCCAAUAUCGACAACUGCUUUACCAACAACAACUGCAGGACCAACAACGCCAAAUGCUGAAAAAACAACACCAACUGUAGAACCAACGACUGCAGUGCCAAAAACAACGACUGCAGGACUGACAACGAGAACUGCUGAACCAUCAACAAUUGCUGGACCAAGAGCUUCAACUGCAGGCCCAAUAUCGACAACUGCUUUACCAACAACAACUGCAAGACCAACAGCAACAACAUUAACUACUACCACGGGAUCCACAACAACACCAACUUUAGGAGCAAUAACGACAACUGCUUUACCAAAACCAACUGAUGGACCAGCAACAACAACAACAUUAAAUACUACCGCGGGUUCAACAACAACAACUGUAGGACCAACAACAACCAAUGCAGAACCCACAACGCCAAAUCCUGAAACGACCACAAUUCAUGGAUCUGGAGCUACAACUGCAGGAACCACAACAGCACCUGCAGGAUCAUCGACAACUGCAGUGUCAACAACGACAACUGUAGAUCCCCCUACAGAAAAUAAAGGGACUAUUGAUUUGAGAUUCAGCAUGAGUCGUACGUUUAUAAAAGACUACUUAGAUUCAAGCUCAGCAGCCUAUCAGGUGCUGGCUGCUAAUGUAACAACGGAGGUUAACAAUGGCUUCAAACAUAGUUUUCCUAGAACAUAUUCCGGGAGUACAAUCAACUCUUUUGCUGCGGGAUCAGUCUUUGUGGACAUGACGCUGAUCUUCAACAAAGAAUCAGCUGUUCCUACUGAAAGCCGUGUAGUGCAGGUAUUGAAGGACGCAGUAGAUGAUCUAAUGACCUUCCUCGAUGUGGACACUACAACUAUUGCUGCAGGACCACUAACGACAACUGCAGGACCAUUAACUAUUAUCACGGGACCCACAACAACAACUGCAGGAUCAACAGCGCCAACUGCUGAACCAACAACAACUGCGGGUCAAAGAGCUACAACUGCAGGACAGAUAAUAACUGCAGGAACAACAACACCAACUGCUGAACCAACAACGCCAACUGCUGUAAAAACAACACCAACUGUAGGACCAACGACUGCAGUGCCAAAAACAACGACUGCAGGACUGACAACGAGAACUGCUGAACCAUCAACAAUUGCUGGACCAAGAGCUUCAACUGCAGGCUCAAUAUCGACAACUGCUUUACCAACAACAACUGCAGGACCAACAACGCCAAAUGCUGAAAAAACAACACCAAUUGUAGAACCAACGACUGCAGUGCCAAAAACAACGACUGCAGGACUGACAACGAGAACUGCUGAACCAUCAACAAUUGCUGGACCAAGAGCUUCAACUGCAGUACACACAACAAUUGUAAGAUCAUCAACAAGUGCAGUAUCAACACUGAUAGCUCCUGAACCAAACACAACAAUUGCUGGACCAAGAGCUACUACCACAGGACCCACAACUACAAUGGCAGGACCAGCAACAAUAAAUGUAGGGUCAACAACCGAAGGACCAACAACAAAAACAAAUAUUAGCUCCAAUGUUGGACCCACUUCUGCUAUAACAGCAAGAACAGCUGGAAGAACAAGCACAAUUGUUGUAACUUCUACAAAUUCCAUUUCUUCAGCUACAACUAGAAGGUCUACAACUAGCCAAGCGGGAAUCAUAUCUACAACUGAAGGAUCUACUGCUAUCAGAGUAGUGCCCACAUCUAUGUUGAGAACCACAUUUUCUACGACUACUAUAGUUGGACAAACAAGUCAUGCUAUAGCUCCCGCAACUACCUCUUCCUCAGUCACAACGACUGUAACAGAAACUACCAAGCCCUCAGAGCCUACCGAGCCCUCUAUAGAAAACGAAGGGACUAUUGCUUUGAGAUUCACCCUGAGACGUAUGUUUACAGAAGACUACUUAGAUCCAAGCUCGACACCCUAUCAGGAGCUGGCUGCUAAUGUUACAACAGAGGUUAACAAUGGCUUCAAACAUAGUUUUCCUGGAACAUAUUCCAAGAGUACAAUCAACUCUUUUUCUAAGGGAUCUGUCAUUGUGGACAUGACGCUGAUCUUCAACAAAGAAUCUGCUGUUCCUACUGAAAGCCGUGCAGUGCAGGUGUUGAAGGAUGCAACAAAAGAUCUAAUCACCUUCCUCGAUGUGGACACUACUACUAUUGUUGCAGGACCAACCUCAGUAGGACCAAUUACAAUAACUUCAGGACAAGCAACCACUGCCGGAACCACUUCUACUCAAGGGCAAAGUACAACUGUAGGACCAACAUCGAAUGACGCUACCACCUCAGGAGGACCAACUCUGAAAAUGACCAUCAGAACUGCUGUUUGUUUACCCAUCGUCUUUAUGUUCAUCAAAGGUCUGCUCUAAAAUAUGUAGAACCCUGAUAUAUACCAGUGUACCAAAAUGAAUAAACUUAAUCUAAUUGA